AUGGACUAUAAUACUAUUGCUUCACAUUUAAAUAAUUUCAAAAAGCUUGUUGAAAGUAAUGGUGAUAAAAAUACAAUUGCUCAACAAUUAGGACCAUUAAAAUUAGCAGCUACCAUUUAUUUAGAGAAACCAACAAGUACAACAAAUGUAUCAGAUAAAGUUUUAAAAGAUUUAGUUUUAGCAAGAGAAAUUUUAGAAUUAAUCUCACUUUAUUCAAUUAAAAUUAAAGAAAUUGAUUCUUUCGAAAGAUCUUUCAAUCAAUUAAGACCAUACUAUUAUGAUUAUAAAUCUAUUAUUCCAGCAUCACAACUUGAGUUCCAAAUUAUUGGUUUAAAUUUAAUGAGAUUGUUAGCUCAACAUAAAACUUCAGAAUUCCACAGCGAAUUAGAAUUAAUUUCAGUAGAUAAUUUAAAUAAUGUUUUUAUAAAAUUCCCAUUAGUUAUUGAAAAAUCAAUUACUGAAGGUAGUUACAAUAAAGUUGUUCAUUCAAAAACUGAUGUUCCAUCAGAAUAUUAUCAAAUUUUUUGCGAUAUUUUAGUAGAUUCAAUCAAAGAGGAUAUUGCCAAUUGUAGUGAAAAAUCAUUUAAAACACUAUCAUUAAAAGAUGCUGAAAAAGUUUUAUUAUUUAAUAAUACCAGUCAAUUCCAACAAUAUAUUAAGGAUAGAAAUUGGAAAGUUCAAGGUGAUACUAUUACUUUUGGAAAUACUGACAACCAAGCAGUUGACAUCCCAUCAUUACAAUUAAUUCAUCAAACCCUCCAUUAUGCUAAAGAAUUAGAAAGAAUUGUAUAAAAAUACCAUCUCCAUUAUCCCUCAUCAUAUAAUCCCUCUGCCAAAAACCUAAAAACCUAAAAAUUUAAAAUUAAAUAAACAAAUGUUCUUUUAUAAAUAAACAC